AUGCAGAUCCCAUUUGUAUCCGGGGUGCUUGCUCUGUUACUCAGCGCCCAUGGUCUGCGCAGGAAGUCACUCUCGCCCAGCGGCGCGUUCGCCGCACUCGUCGUAGGCUUUCUAAUGAUGGCGGGCGGGACCAGCGUGUUUGGUGUUGCGCUGAUUGGAUUCUAUUUGGUGGGCAGCCGUGCUACCAAGUAUGGCAAGAAUAGGAAGGCCAAGUUGGAAGAGGGGUAUCAGGAGGGAGGGUACCGGUCGGGGUGGCAGGUGCUGUGUAACAGCGCAUCGGCGCUUGUUGCUGCGAUUGUGUGGAAUGCGGCGAUGGAUCCGAGGAGUGUGCAGGCGGCGGUGACGCGUACGCUGCUUGGACUUGAUAUGGGUGGAACGGUGUUGGGAUUGAGGGGGCCCGUGGUGUAUGGCCGAUCGAGUGGAGGGUGGUGUCCGACUGAGAGGACGGUGGCGGAUGGAUGGAGUCGUGCGUUGGUGUUUGCUGCGCUUGGACAUUUCGCGUGCUGUCUGGGGGACACACUCGCCUCGGAGCUGGGUAUACUCUCACCUUCACCUCCACGGUUGAUCACGACGCUGAAGACGGUGCCACCUGGCACGAACGGCGCGAUGUCGGUGGGCGGAACAGUCGCGUCUAUCGCGGGCGGAGGGAUCGUCGGCGCGUUGAUGGGUGCUGCGCUGGUUCUGGAAAAUGGCCAGUGCGGGCGCGGCGCGGUAUUUGAAUUGGUCGCGUGGGGGAUGUGUGGGGGAGGCAUCGGAAGCCUGGUGGACUCGUUCCUUGGAGCGACGGUGCAGCAGACGCGGUACUCGACAAAGAGCAAGGUUGUGCUGCAGGACGCGAGCAAGGCGGACGGGCGGGUCAUCAGCGGGCUCAAUAUUUUGACGAAUAAUCAGGUAAAUCUCGCGUCGAGUGUGUUUUGCGCGGUAAUGGCGGCCUGGUUGGCUGCGAGGGUGUGA